CUUCUUCCCCACUGAAAACUCCCUUUUUCCCCUUUUCUCAUCAGACAACAGAAACUUUGCUCUGGCACCUGACACCAUAGUGAGAGUGCUUGUCCUCCUUCCUCAUGUGGCUGGUUUCUUUCCUGAUUAAAAGUGAUUAGGCAGCCCUAAAGCCUGCAGAAAUGUGACCAAGGGGAACCAAUACAAAGAAUUCAUUCAAGAUCUCUUAAAUCCCUGGGCCAGUAUUUAGAGAGCCCUGAGGAAAGAACUGGAGCAGAACCGCCCUGCCAGGACCUCCCUGCCCUUCUCCCUCCUGCUGUGCCCUGUGUUGCCAACGUCUCCUCCACAAUGUCGUUCUCUGAAGCAGAGGUGCAAAGUGCCCGUGGUGCCUGGGAGAAGAUGUAUGUGGAUGCCGAGGACAAUGCGACAACUGUGCUGGUCAGGAUGUUUACCGAGCAUCCAGACACCAAGUCCUACUUCUCACACUUCAAAGGCAUGGACUCUGCUGAAGAGAUGAAACAGUCAGAUCAGAUCAGAGGGCACGGCAAGAGGGUUUUCACUGCCAUCAAUGACAUGGUGCAACACCUGGACAACUCUGAGGCUUUUCUUGGGAUAGUGAACCCACUCGGCAAGAAACACGCCACCCAGCUGAAGAUUGACCCCAAAAACUUUAGGCUUAUCUGUGACAUUAUCUUGCAACUGAUGGAGGAGAAAUUUGGCGGAGACUGCAAAGCUUCCUUUGAGAAGGUGACCAACGAAAUCUGCACUCACCUCAACAACGCCUACAAAGAGGCAGGUUGGUGAGGACAUGCAACCUCCAGGCUCUUCAAACGUC